AUGCAGCCCCUGCAACCCCAAUACCGUGGAUAUGCACCAGGACCACCACCACCCAUCGGACCACCACCACCGGGUCACCACAACCCCCAACUUGUUGGACCGCCGCAAGGACCGCCGCAACAUUCACAGGUCCCUUUGCCUCCGCAGGCGGCGGUGGGACAUCAUCCUCAUCCCGGGCCGGGAGGGGGACCGAGAGGGGGACAGCAGCAUCAUGUGCCACAGCCAAGGAGAGGGGGGAUUGGGCCCAUGAUGUCGGCCGGUCCUGCUCACCACCAACUGCCCAUCACCCAGGCGCAAAUCCAACAAGAAUCACACCGUCGCGAAGCUGUCAACCACCUGGCCAAGCUCCGGAGUCGCAAACCUACCGACAAGACCCUACCCGAUGGCGUCGAAGAGACUUUGGUGGGCGAGGGCGAUGUCGCUGUGGCUUACAAGAAGCUACGCGAUUUCGAGAGGCGGCUGGAUGCUACCAUGAGUCGCAAGAGGUUGGAUAUCGUGGAUUCGGUUAGCAGGAAUGCAAAGCGGUACAAGACACUCCGCGUUUGGAUCACCAACACCGUCGAAGACCAGUACUGGCAGAAUAACAACUUCAAUGUCGACAGCUUCGACUUCCCCUCCAACCUCGAAUCCACAUACCGCGUCAAGAUCGAAGGCCGACUACUCGACGACGAAGACGAGAUCACAAAGGACGAGGAGGAUGGAGAUAAGAUGGACACAACCGACGACAGCACAAAGACAGCAACAAAGUCUGGAGCGAAACCCGUCCCCGCUAAGCCCGGCCAGCGCUACCGCUUCUCUCACUUCUUCAAAGCCCUCACAGUCGACUUCGACCAGCCCACCGCCUCGGGCCGUCUGCCCGUCGACACCACCGCGAUAGAAUGGAAGAAACCCGAACGCACGCCCGCCGGUCCCAACCUGCCCGCCUCGGCCGACUUUGACGAGCUGACCUUCAAGCGCCACGGGGACGAGAAUGUUAACAUCACCAUCAACCUCUACCGCCACGAAGACCCGGAGCGCUACGAGCUCUCCCCCGAGCUAUCGGACGUGAUCGAUAUGACGGAGGCAACCCGCCAGGAAGCCGUCGCCGGCUUGUUCGAGUACAUCAAGUUGAUGAAGCUACAAGAAGACGACGAGAAGCGCAACUUUCGGUGCGACGACCUGCUGCAGAAGCUUAUUGGGAGAGAGUCGGGACACAUUCCCCAGCUGAACGAAUACGUCACCCCGCACUUGAGACCAUUGCCGCCCAUCAAGCUCCCUUAUACUAUCCGCGUGGACCAGGAAUUCCAUUCUGCGCCGGACGCUCCCAAACCGACCAUCUACGACAUCCGCGUCUCCGUCGACGACCCCCUGCGUUCGAAGCACUUGGUGCCAUUCAUCCACAACCCCUCGUACGCUCAAACCCUCCGCGAGAUUCAUCAGCUAGAUGAGUCCCUGGCGGUGCUCAUCCAAGCCGUUGGCGACUCCAAGGCCAAACAUACGUUCCUGACCUCCAUGGCCAAUGACCCCGUUGGCUUCGUCAAGAACUGGUUGUCAAGCCAGAAGCGGGAUCUGGAGGUGAUUAUGGGCGAAGCCACGAGGGCCGGGGCGGCGGUGGAAGACCCCGUGGGCGACGAGUGGAGGAGGGGUGGAAAGGGGAGUGUUUGGGAUACGAGUAAUGCGCGGGAGAGUGUUAAUGUGCUAUUGAGUAAGCAGGGUUUUACGGCGGGGCAUCGCUAGGCGCAGGACGGUGGAGAAAUGGAGAUGAAUAGGAGCAGGGAGAAGGGGGGUGAGGGAGGGAAUGUUGGAGGAACUGGACGGAGGAGUAGAGAUAAGAAUAAGAAUAAGAACGAGCAUGCUAGGAUUGACAAGGAAUCAAAAGCUACCAGAGGACCAAGACUUACUUGUAUACGCAAUAGUACUGGUGUCGUCACUGGUAAUGGAGAAGAAGAAGAAGAAGAAGUUAAGGAGAUUGUGACAUUCAAGUCUGUUCCCAGAAGACUGUUGGUGGACUUUGAAAGGGACAAGAGACGGAGACGCAGAAGGGAGUUACGGAAUUCCGAAGCGGACAAGUCAGAUUCAGAGUCAGAGUCAGAAACAGAGUCGGAAACAAAAGAGACAUGGAAGGAAAGGGAAAUACGAGUAAGAGGAGGGUAGCUUAGUUUAGCUUAGCUUAGCUUAGCUACCUUAGCAGCCCUGAGCGGAAACUGCGUCUGAAAGUAACAAAGUAAGAAAUUGAGAAAC